AUGGUCCGCAAGUCAUCUCUACUCCUCGUGGCUAGCUGGCUUGCUACUGCACAAGCUAGCAUUAGCAGCAAGUGCACAAAUCUGAGGUUUCAGAACAGGUGGCUAGUCGGGAACUGCCUCACUGGCUCCGGGACCGCUAGAAUUGAAAGUUCUGUAUAUCUCCAGACGAAAAUCGCAAAUCACGAAGGUGUUCUUGAGUGGGCAAUAAAUGGAAACUUUGCAGCAAGUUGUAUCGAAUGCUCAAUAUCAACUUCCGGUCCCCUUACUCUCAACUGUAAAUGCAGGCCAACAUGGGGCCAGCAUAUACCAGCCUCUCUUGCUCUAGACGAACAUAUUGCCGUCUAUAACGGUUUCCUCCUGGCCGAUCUAAGUGGUACUCCAACGCCACCCUCUGUUGUGAGCUCCGUCCGUCUCCCCGAAGAUCCUAGCUGGAAACUUGUAUAUGGAAAUACAUCCUGUUACUCUGAGAAUACUGGGACUUGUCCUUCCCCAACGGUGGGUAAUGGUGUUACUUGUUCAGCUGGGACUUCGGUCGGUGCCAGCGAUGGCGUUUCCGACUGUUUUGCCUUCCGAUGGCCAAUCUCUUUCCCUGUUUGGGUAACCUUUGGAUCGCUUCAGGUGAAUGCACCGAGUGGAGCAUUUAGGUUCAAUGUUUACGAUACCACUGAUUGUAGUGGAGGCGUUAAGGGAACGAUUGAGCCGAACGAGCUGGGGACUUGUAAGGCGUUUAAUACGCAGUUGCUUGCGUUUAGCGCGGUACCUCUGUGGAAUGGCCAAACUUAG